GGUCGGGCUGUUCUGCACCCUCCCUGCUUCCCAGGGCGGCGGUGGUGGCGGCGUGGAGGUGCGCCGCUCAGUGUCGAUGAGGCGGUUGGCCUCACCUGUUGUGCCGGGGGCUAUGUGUGAGAGCAAGGGCCAUGUCUGAGCGGUGAGCAGGAUAGGUGCAAGCGUGCUGCCUCAGGUCGUUGUGAAACACAGCCUACGAGCUCCACCUUAGAGAGGAGGAGGAUCUUUCUCGCCUCUUGUUAUUACGCUCUAUAUGUCACACUCUAGUGGCACCUCUCAAGUGCGAUAUCUCUCUUGAUGGUGAAUAAUUAUGCUGAGAAAAUUGCAAACUACCACACGGAAAAUUUAGUGGAAAAGUUAUGAAGUUUUAUAAUCACUUUUCAAGAGAUAUAUUGUAGUGCAAGCUUCGGGAAGUGUACAAAGGCUGAGUCACACUGUAAGUUGUGAGUCACACUGUAAGUUGUGAAGGUAAUGACCAACAGUGUGAAGUGUGUUGACCAGCACUGUGAAAUGUGUUGGCCAGUAGCGUGAAGCAUGUCGACCAUCAGUGUGUCUGUCAUCAGUGCCAAGUGUAUUGACAGUCUGUGCAAAGAGCGAUGGCAAUAUGUAUAAUGUGUUGAACACUAGUGCACAGUUGGUUGAACAUCGGUGCCAAGUGUGUGGCCGUCAGUGCAAGUUGUGAAUUUUGAGCAGAUAUACAGCUUUUGAUGAUGAUGAUGUGGAAAUAACAAGUCCAUCAGUGGUACAUUUACUAUAGGAAAGUCAAGCAAAAUGGAAAUUAUAGGAAUUCCGGAAUGAAUAACUAUAAGAUGAAAAGACUUUGAGUACAGAUAACUUAAAUUUACUCUUUUCUUCUACCUUGAACGUUUUGAUUCACCAACACUGAAGUUUUAACUGCCCCCUUCCACUGUCCUUUACUUCUUCUUCAGUUGGUUUUCACUUCCCUUUUAGCUGCCUUUCACUUCCUCCUCCCACUGCCAAUUACCAUUCUUCAAUUACAUAACUUACUCCAUGUCUAAUUCAUCCUGAGUUUAUUUCUAAAUAUGUUUUCCAAUUAUUACUAUUUUUUCAGUUUAUCUCUUAAAUGCUACUCUUGAUUUUGUGUUUAUUUAGUUAUCUUGCUCGUUCCUUCUUCGGUGGCAUACACAGCCUCUGAAGUCAGUUCUUUGGUCCCCUUUAUCUCUCAGCCUUUUUCUCGCUGUCUGUUUUUCUCUCUAUCUGUCUCUCCCACACUCUCUCUCCCAAUCUCUUUCUCUCUCUCUCUCUAUCUCUCUCUCUCUCUAUCUCUCUCUCUCUCUCUCUCUCACUUUCAUUGACUACUUUGGUUUAAUUUUAUUUUUAUCCGGCAAUUGCAAUAUUAUUAUGCAUCUUUAUUCCAACAUAUCUUGAUACCUUCCUCGUCCCAGAUCUUGUGUGCUACCUCUCCUCAUUCAGCUUCCUUCCCGUACAUCUCAUACUCACUUUUGUUUAACAGUCCCUCACCUCAUCUCUCUACAAUCGGCUCAAUUUCGCUACCGCAUUCGUCUCAUAUAUAUACCAUCGUGUCCUGGAUCGAACCCCGUGUGCCUCUUAGCGUAGCCCCAUCGGUCCAUGUUGGGCUGAGAAGAGUGUUGCAGUAUGGGUGAGGACCGCGUCGCAGGGAAGCUGGGCACUAACUCCACUUCAUCCCCAUAUAUUUCAGCACAGAAUCGCAAGCGAUGGUGACGUAGGUAUCACGUGACUAUGGCUGUGACGUCACUUCCUAAUGGAAAUACUACUGUGAUUCAUCCUUCUAUCCUCAUGGGAGACUCCACGACGGUGGUGUCUCCCACCUCCACAGACGGUGAGGCUCUCAGACGUCUGGAGAAGGAACGCGAACUGGAGGAGUUCUACUCAACUUACGACGUGUGGACGGGGAUCCGAACCGCCGUUACGCUAGCCCUCUUCUUCAUCUUCACCGUCACCCUCAUCCUGUACAAGAGCAAGUGCAAGCCGCGGCGCAAGUACGAGCUCUACCCGAGCCUCGAGGACAUGCCCGACCGGCCCCUCGACUACUACGACUACUGGUGCCCCAGCCCCGUCAGCCAGGAGAGGUUGCAGAAGGUGAACGGUAUGGACACCUUGGGUCGCUGCUACAACGGUAGAGGAGAGACGGGAUCAGCGCCUCUUCCGAUCCACCGAUCCGUUGGUUCCUACUCCAGCCUCAACAACUCCUUCAGGGUGAAAAGCUUACCAGGGAGUGUGUUAAGGAUCAACAGCUCUCGUAACUCUUCCUUCGAGCGAGAUGACCCAGCACAAUCGGUUCGCUCGGAGUUCCUUUCUGUACCAGGAGUAAGGCUACAGUCUACUGGAUCCAGCAGUGACGGAUACAGUGCGGGAUCCUCCACCCAUGACCUGACGGGGGAAAUGACGGCCAUGGCCCUGCUGGGGGUCCCUGGCCUGGGGCCACGAGGCAACAAACCCGUGCUCCAGCUGGGUGGCAUGGACUGGGAUAGCGACCAUGCCACUGCCGAGUGGAUCCAGACCAUCGACAUCAAUGUCAUCCAACCAACACCCAACAUCUCCCCUUGCGGGUCUGUUCGCAGCGUCUCCGACAACACCGACCUGGCCAGGCUCCCACUGCCUGGGCGAGGCCGGGAGGCUUCCGUCAUUUCACUAGAUUCGCCAGACUUUGACAACCGAUCUAUUGGAUCUGAUUCCGUGUUCAUGGAGGAUUCCGUAUGUGAUACAAACAGCAGCAGGUCUGAAAGCAUAGAUAGUGGAACCCCUUCCUUCCUGGCGUCGACACGCUCCAUGCUCACCCCAUCACCCAGGAGCGCCCGUCGUAAGGUACAAUCUUUCCGUCUAGGCAUAAAUCCCUCUGCUUCUGCUGCCUCGCCCGUGCCUACCCGCGCUCCAACUCUGGCUGACCUGCAUCGCCCACGUGACCAGCGAAGUCGCCAGAAGCUUCUUAAGCGACAACAGGUGCAAGAUAUUCCCAUGCCCAGUAUUACACGUUCUGGCCCAGCCAUGACGUCUCUGUUCGUGCCUACGAUGGGAGGUUACCUAAACGCUUCCUGUGAGCGCUUAGCUGCUCAUUCUUCAUUAGUGGCUGAAAGUGAACCGGGCAGCAGCUUGGGCUCCACCUCUUUGACGCCAGCUGGCAGCACUGAGGAGGAGCCCAUGUGUGCCGUAUACACAGUACCGUCAUUACGUCGGUGUAAUUCGGCCACGACUCCUGGGCAGAAGGAGGAAGCAGCUGGUUGGAAACGGGCAGAUAGUGCCCAGAACCCUACAGUUCGACGAGCAGAUAGUGCUUCUGGUCCGCAACGAGAGUCUAGCGAGUCAUCCAGCGGAUCUGAAGACGCCAGCGAGUCUGUAUCAUUCCAUUUGAUGGUGCCAGCUCUUAGUAUAGACUACCCAAGUAACGACACCAGUCGCGCUUCCUCUCCCACCCUCUCCCCACCAAGCUCUCCCAAUUCCUCCCCACCUUCAGUUCGCACUACUGCAAGUCCACUGCCCACAACAACUAUAGAAGCACCAGUCAAAGCCACUCUUGCACCAUCGACGACUCGAGGGAGGGGUGUGAGAGACAAUGGUGGACGACGAGUUCUUCGACGACAGUAUAGCCAGUGCAUCCCACCGAGUCCAACACUAUUUCGUGACGUUCCUGCUCCCAGCUCUCUCCCAACCUAUGUCGAGGAAGACGAUGCAUACGAUGACUUUUCCUUCCCAGCUGCACCACCUCCUUCACCCUUCAGAGCCGGCCAUACCCUAUUUUUCCGUCGAGAUUCCGGCCCUCCCUCACCACUCGUAGCAGCCAACCGGCGAGAUUCAGGACCUUCUCCGCCUCCUUUAUUACCCAUGAAUCUUUCCAGUCAAGAUUCUGGGCCUUCCCCGCCCCCUUUAUCACCUUACUCCCUCACUUGCCUAGACACCGGGCCAUCUCCACCCCUCUUAUCGCCAUACCAUCUCAUCCGUCAAGAGUCAGGGCCUUCCCCACCUCUCUUAUCUCCAUACUACACGAACCGUCAAGAAUCCGGGCUCUCCCCUCCAUUCUUAUCGCCUCGUCAUGUCAGCUGUCAAGACUAUGGAACUUCUCCAUCCCCUAACCACUUCCUCCAUCAAGACAAUGGAAUUUCCCCAUCUAGCAACUUGCAACGUCAAGAUAAUGGCUCUUCCCCAUCACCAAAUCACUUCCACCGCCAAGUCUACAGAAUAUCCCAGUCACCUGAUCAACUCCUCCGCCAAGGCUACAGAGCUUCCCUAUUCAGCCAAGUUCUUCGACAAGGUAAUGGAAGUUACCCAUCCACUAACCUCUUACGUCGUGAGGACUCUGGAACUUCUUCAUCUCCUAACAACUUCAACAGCCAUCAGGAUUCCGGAACUUCACCAUCCCCUAAUAAUGUGAGCAGCUGUAAUGACUCUAACUCGUCGUCACCACGCUCCAGAUGCUUUCCGCACUCUAACCAAGACUCCAGCACAUCUUCGUCCCUCCGAUCAAUGCCCUACGAACUUCACCAAGGAGACUCCAGCACACCUUCGUCCACUCAUUCAGGUGCUCACGCUACUCAACGCCAAGAUUCCAUCCCACCUUUAGUCGCCCAGUCCCACCAACUCCAGCGCCAGGACUCAAGCUCUCCCUCCCUGGAACUACCAACAGACCACACGGAUGAUCCCGAAGACUCCCAGCCGUCUUUGCCUUCCUGUUCUGUCAUGGAGACCUCCUGUUAACAUUCACUACUCCCAGUGUAGGAUUUCUAAAAUUUGCCGUAUAGUGAGGGUUGAAGGUAAAGUAAGAUCUUGCUAAUAGCCUCACAUGCUAAACAUUGAUUACUCAACGUAUUAGUUGUAUUAUGUGUAUUGUAUUUACAGUGUGCAAAACACAAGCGGUAUAAAUAUGUUUUCUCAUUCUACAGACACACACACACACAUACAAAAGUGAUAGCCUAAUAAACCUUAUGUUAGAGUUAGCCCUUAAAAUAUUUUCAUACUCUUUAAAGUAGAACACCUACGUUUUCUGUUAGAUUCUGCUGGCGUAACGUCGUUAAAUAUUGAUGGAUAUAUUUUCUGUGCUCAAACCACUGAUCGCAAUACCGGCAUAUUUAUGGCUAGCUGAUUGCCUGGUUUGGUGUUGGGAUUAAGGCUUAUCAACCUCUGCCGCAUUAUUAUGGUCACACAAGGACGCAAUGACCAACCAGCAGGUAUACUUUUGUCCAAAACUACAGUAAACUUUACUAAACUCUCAGUGAAUGUACACCAAGAAGCUGGAUUCAUCUCUCGGUGUACAUAUCCCCUGUGGCAGCUGACUGAUAAAUGCCACAAGGCGACCACAUUGGGACUCCACACUGCAACUUAUAAAUAGCGUUACUGCAAACAGUAAUGUAUGAAAGCUAUAAAGAAAAUUAUGUAGGCUUACUAAGAUCACACUUUUUCCCUAGACAAAAUUAUUAAAGACUGUAUAUCUAGCUCUACUAUAUCAUUAGUCAAAUUAUUAGGCUCCUUUAUCUAGUCCUUGGUUCAAUACUCAGUUAUAGGAUCUCUAUAAGCUAUUGAAAUUUUGAAAGAAAUAUCAAAUCAUUCCAUAUAAGAAACCCACCAUAUCAUAUAGCAUAGCUGGGCGUGUAUUACAUGUAUAAGCUUUUCGGCCUACAUGGUUAUUAUAGUUCAAGUAUUUUCUUUAUCAAAUAUAUUUUUGGUUAUAAAUAUUACAUAUUUCUUUCUGUCAUUACUGGACAAAUUAUGAAAGAUUAUGAAAUCAAGCCAAAUAUUGGACAAAAAUUAUGCUAUAUGGAUAAAAUAUUGGAGUGCAGUAUAGAAACUAAUAAAGCUUUUGAUAAAUUCAGUAAAGCUUCUAAAAGAAGUGUAGAAAAAACUCACUGUAGUUGUGUUGUGAGUUGCUAAAAUUCUGUUUAUUAUAAAAUAUGCAACAUAAGGGAUUCCCUCAUAUAAAACAAUAUCUUUUGAAUUCGUGACAUAUUUAUGAGAAAUAUUAAGUCAGUUUAUCAUAACUAACAGAUAAUAGUAUUUUAAUUAAACCUCAUGUCAGCAGAAACAUGUUUCUUAAGUGAUAAUGUCCAUACACUCAGCCCCGGGUCCUGACGCGUGGAAUUCAAAAUUCAUCAAUAAUUGUACCAGUAGCGCGAGCGCUCAAUGUAAUAUGGAGAAAGAGCCUGAAUACAGUGGAGAUAUCAGCAGCACUUAAAUCAGUAUAUAUAGCUCCACUACAUUAAUGAGGUAGUAAAGCUUAAACAAAAAAACAAUAAACUAAUUGCACUAACAUCCCAAUAAUAAAAGUGUUUGAACCAGUGAUUAGAAGUUAAAUCUCCAGUUUUAUAGAAGGCUUAGGACUUAUCAAGAGAAACCUCAAAGUCAUUGCGAAUAUAGCACUUGGAAGGGAUCAGGAUAAGGACUUGGGACGGAUCAGGUGAAGGAAUGGUUCCCGACCCACUUGGACGGUCCAGGAAUGAUCGCCGACCUGCAUGGAAUUUUAAGGAAAACAAUGAAAUUCAAAACUCAGGUCAACAGGGAUUUAGAGCGUGAAGGUCCUCUCCUUCACAGUUACUGAACUAUGAAAAAAUCACAGAUGCAUUAGAAGAAAAUAAAAUGCAGAUAUUGUAUACACAGACUUUGCAAAAACAUUCGAUUAGUGGGACCUGUAUGUGAUAAGUGUGAUAGCUCAUAAAAUAAGAUCAUUAGGAAUACCGGGUGAAGUGGGGCGUUAGAUUUUCAACUUUCUGUUAAACAGAACUAAAAGCGUUACAGUCAAUCAAAUAAGAGAAAGUCCAAGUACAGUGAAAAGCUUUGUAUCCCUGGGUACAGUUUCUUGUAUAACUGAUUUAAUUCGUAUCUCGGAUAUAGACAAAAAUAUUAGUCACAGCUUCAUGCCAUCCUUUGCUGAUGAUAAAAAAAAAAUCAGCAUGAAAAUUUCCUCUGUAGAUGAUACUGAAAAACUACUAGCCGAUAUAAAUAAAGUCUUCGAUUAGGCAACGGAAAAUAACAUGAUGUUUAACAGUGAUAAGUUCCAGGAACUUAUGUAUGGUAGAAACGAGGAACUUAAUCGAAACACAGGGUACAGGACACAAUCAGACCUACUCAUACAAAGAAAGCAACAUAUAAAAGAUCUGGUAAUUAUGAUGCCUAACAUCUAGUAACUGUAACCGAGCAAAUAUAGCGGCGGCCAGGAAAGUGAUAGGAUAGAUUAUGAGAACGUUCAAAUUCAGAGAUCACACAGCAAUAUUAAUACUGUUUAAAUCACAGAUGUUGUCCCGUCUUGAGUACUGUUCAGUAUCCCCUUUAAAGCAGGAGAGAUUGCUGAAGUAGAGGGAAUACAGAGAAUCUAUGCGGCACGCAUAGACAUGAUAAAACGCCUAAAUUAUUGGGACCGUCUCAAAGCUCUUAAAAUAUACACUUUGGAAAGAAGAUGAGAGAGGUAUCAGUAAUAUAUUCAUGAAGAUACUGGAAGGCCAGGUUCCAAAUUUGCACAGUAGAAUAACAACAUACUGGAGAGACAAUGCGGAUGGAAAAGCAAAAUAGAACCAGUGAGAAGUAGAGGUGCCAUAGGCACAAUCAGAAGUUACUCGUUGUCUGAACAUCAGGAUUCCACGGCUGUUCAACACCCUCCCAGCAAGCAUUGGAAAUAUUGUCGGAAUAAAAGUGGAGGUCUUCAAAAAUCAUUUAGAUAAGUUCCUGCAAGAAGUGCCGGACCAACCAGGCUGUAGUGGAUAUGUGAACCUGCGGGCCGAUCCAGGCAACAGCCUGUUGGACCAAGUUAUCACAAGUCGAGCCUGGUCCCAGGCCGAGUUCGGGAAGUAAAAGAACUCCCGGAGCCCCUCUCCAGGUAUAAGGUAAAAUGCUAUAUAUAUCAAGCAAAUUUGUUGUUUUAGAUUCAACUACUCAGAACAAAACGUUCUAAGUAGCACGGGCUAUGGUGAGCCCGUAAGUGGUGGCUCUUUGGAACCAUUAUCUGUAUCAAUAGCUGAUACUGGAGAUCUGGGGAUGGGAUCCGUGCACCCACCAAUCCAAUCCAAGAGCAGGAAGGACUACAGAUGAUGACUGAUAAAGAUUAAGCCAUCCUCAAGGUGGCACGGGCAUGAAUACCCCGUAAGUGGAGGCUUUUUCAAGCCAUUACCAGUACCAAUAGGUCAAAUUAGCAACGGUCAUACCUCCAGUAGGUCCAGGCUGCAUGACAUGCAUCUCACCUCAUUCCAAUACUCUUUAUUUAUAUCUGUUGGAGUCCCAGUGUGGCCUCAAGAUAACUUCCAGCAGAUCUAUUCAAUCAACCCGCUAUCCAGUAACAAGUGUAGAUUUAUGAAUGAUAAGUUACAAGAGUAUUACAUAAACAUUAUAUAAUAUGAUUAUAUAUAUUAUAUAUAUAAAGCUCUUGUAAAUGAUCAUUUCCUGUCCAUCACUUUCACUGACCCCUGAUAUAGUUUAUUAUGAAAUCAGUAACGGUUGCGGCGCCUACUGCCAACCAAAUCAGAAUAAAUGUACUAUAUCUUUUUAUUUUAUUUUUUCACCACAGACGAAAACAAAAAUGAAUCCAUUUAUCCGUAUUUGACCCCACCAACUUUCCAGUGACGAUGGUGCAGAGAGAGAGAGAGAGAGAGAGAGAGAGAGAGAGAGAGAGAGAGAGAGAGAGAGAGAGAGAGAGAGAGAGAGAGAGAGAGAGAGAGAGAGAGAGAGAGGAGGGAGAGAGAGAGAGACAGACAGAGACAGAGUUAAAGUUUUCCGUUAACUGUUAUAUUAAAUUUAAGGUAUAGGUGUUGAACAAAGCUGAGGUCUCGUGACAGUGUGUGACACACAUGACCGUGUACCACCUCCCAGUAACUGUAGUUGUCAAUGUCAUACUAAAACUGUCGGUGUGAUAAAUCAAAAUAUUUUGUCCCAAGUGUUCCCCGACAUUCCCUCUGAGUGGGAUGCCGAGGGUGACAGCGGGCCAGACAUUCAUCCAUCUCAUCAUCCAAAUGUCAUCCAUAUAUAUAUAUACUGUGGGAGAGCAGUAACUAUAUCAGUGAUUAGUCGUGAAAUGUGAAAAAUUAUUGUUUAUAUAUAUAAAUAAAAAAUGUUUAUAUACAUAUAUAUAUAUACAUUUCUGUGCAUGGAACCGCCAGAAAAAUGCGGCUGUGUUCGGGAAGAAGAUCCUUGACUAGGAUGAGGAUUCUUAACCAAUCGGAGAGCUCCAUUUAUUCGGUGAUAACAUAAUUGAAAUCUUAUGAUUGGUCGCGAGUGUGUUGUGAUAAUGCUGCUCAUCACAGCCUCGUGAUCCAACCUUACGGAUCAUAUAUUUUCCUGAACACAGCCCAAAAUUAUAUAUUUAUCUGAGUGAUGUAAGCCUAAUACACAAUAUGAAAAGAAUCGUGUUAAGAGACACCCAUUACAGAAAAUAAUUUAUAUUUGUUUAUAUACUUUAUAAAUGACAAAAAAAAA